AAUGCCUAUCUGAAUCCGCCAGUCAGCAGAGAACCAUUCCUCGAGUGUUCAUAUUAUGACUACCAGGCGGUAGAACGAUAGCGUAUCUUAUUGGGGGGUUUAUUUGGGUUUACUUUCCUUUCUAAAAUGUAUAUUUUUCUGGCUAAGGCUAACAAUGCUAGAUGAACUGAGCGACAAUGGCUUUUGAACCUUUAAAAUAUCCUUUGGUCCGGAUCGAUGCUUCUUAGCUUGUUAGACAAGGGCAGAUAACAGGUUUGCUGCGAAUUACAUUCAUCCAGAGCGGCUAGAACCGACAAAGAAAUAAAAAGGUAAUAUUUUGCUAUGGUGGGUCCGUUUUUGUGGCAGUUUAGCUAUUCGUGACACGCGACUUGUUUAUACCGGUAGUUAAGCUAGCUGCGACUUCAGCCAAGCUUCGUUUUUCUUGCAGGGUUGUUUUGGACACGUUGUCUUUCUGCAGCAGACACUUAGCCUCUAUUUUUGCGCUGCCAGUCGUUGUUUAUGCCAGUGUCAGCCAUGGAUACCACUCAGGUGACCUUAACCAUCAGGGAAGAAACAUCUCCAGGUGAGGUGAUUGCAGUCGUUGGUAGCUGUGAAGCCUUGGGAAACUGGAGCUAUCAAAAAGCUGUGACUUUACACCCCGUGGUUGAUGAUGGGCACACAUGGACUGUAACCACCUCUGUGCCUAGAGGCGUUAUUUCCAAGUAUCGCUACUUUAAAGGCUUCUUUCUGGAAUCAAAAAGUGCAGGUGGGCCAUGUCAAGUGAUAGUCAAUAUGUGGGAGACCCAUCAUCAGCCCCGCACGAUGAGCCCCACAGAAUCACAUCAGGACUUUGAUGACGGACAGUUUGGAAUUCACGAUGGGGUGAAAUGUGUCGACUCGGGGUGGCUGACAUGCCAGACAGACAUUCGCCUGCGUUUGCACUAUUCCAAGAGGCCUCCGGUGUCCAUCACUAAGAAGAAGUUCAAGAAGUCCCGCUUCAGGAUCAAGCUGACACUCGAAGGCUUUGAGGAAGAGGAGGAGGAAGAAGAGGAGCCCACCCCUUCAUCUUGGCACAAGAUGACUCCCACUCUCGGGAUCAGUAUGAUCAAUGCUAUCGGCUACAAGUCGAGACACUCCCAGCCAGAGUGUGGCUACGCCCUGGAGCCCACGCAGUGGACUGAGUACAGUAUCCACACCAUGGACCCCGACAACCUGGAGCUCACCUUUGAGUUCUUUGAGGAGGAUCUGAGUGAGCAUGUAGUCCAAGGGGACAUCCAUCCUGGUCACGUGGGGACAGCCUGCCUCCUCUCCUCUUCGUUUUUCGAGAGCGGCAAGGACUUGGGAGUUGUCACGCUUCCCAUAAUGGGACGAAACUCCAGGCAGACGAUCGGGAAAGUGAGAGUGGAUUAUAUGGUGAUCCGCCCCAUCCCGGGGCUCCAGUGCGACAUGAGCUCAUCCUACACGAAACAUUGGAAGAAAAGGAGCACCGUAGAUGUGGGUCACAGAGGAGCGGGCAGCACACAUGCUGCCAAACACUACAAAGUGCGGGAGAACACAGUAGCCUCGUUCACAAGUGCUGCUAUGCACGGUGCAGCUUUUGUGGAGUUCGACGUUCACCUCUCCAAGGACGAAGUACCAGUUGUUUACCACGACCUGACCUGCUGCAUUUCCACCAAAAAGAAAAAAGACGAGAAGCUGGAGCUGAUCGAGGUUCCAGUUAAAGAUCUGACAUUUGAUCAGCUGCAGCUUUUAAAGCUGGCCCAUGUCACCGCAAUGAAAGGAAGUGAUCACAAAGAUCUUCUGGAAGAUGAAGAUGAAGUGGAUGAACACCAGCCAUUCCCCUCACUGCCACAGAUUUUCCAAGCUGUUCCUGAACACGUCGGCUUCAAUAUCGAACUGAAGUGGAUCAGUCAGAUGAAGGAUGGAUCGUGGGACGGAAACUUGUCCACCUACUUUGACAUGAACUCCUUCCUGGACAUCAUCCUUGGCUGCGUUCUACAGAAAGGCGGAAAAAGACGGAUUAUCUUCUCAUGUUUCGACCCAGAUAUCUGCACCAUGGUUCGUCACAAGCAGAACAAGUACCCCAUCCUUUUCCUGACUCAGGGGAUUUCAGUCAGGUAUCCGGAGCUGAUGGACAUUCGCUGCCAGUCCACUCAGAUCGCCAUCAGCUUCGCUCAGAGCGAAAACAUUCUGGGAAUCAGCGCCCACACAGAGGAGCUGCUGAAGCACCUGGAUUACAUCAGGGAAGCUCAGUCUAAAGGCCUGGUGGUGUUCAGCUGGGGGGACGACAACAACGACCACGACACCCGGAGGAGCCUGCGGGCCCGGGGAAUCGACGGGCUCAUUUACGACAGCAUUUGUGAGGCCCAAGCAGAGCAGCCAAACAUCUUCCAGGUAGAGGAGCAGCACAGCCUGCAGGAAGUCAUCACAGAGGAGACCUUGAAGAGCUCCUCCUGCUCCUGCUACUCCAUCCCCUGCUCAUUGGUACCCUGCGCCGCCUCGCAGGCUCACGUUGGAAGUGCCGAAUCCGAUUCUGGCCUUAGCUCUUCAUAAAAUAAUCCCUCAGCUUCUACCUUCAUGAACAGUUUAUUAAACACACACACACACGCACACGGACCUAGGUAGGAUUUAGAAGAUUAAGUGGAAGCUUCUGCGCACUCAGAUAAAUGCCAAAAAAAGAUUUCUGUCUAUAUUUUUUUAAGUUGACCAGGAUGAUCAGGUGUUCCUUUUGGCAUCAGACGUAAAACCGCGUAGACCAUCUCCUCUCUCUUUCAUGUGGAUUUUAUUAAACCCUCAGAGGUUUUUUAUUUAUGCUUUUUAUUUAUAGUUGGAUUUUUAUGAAUUUAUGGAGAAAGAAGCCAUGCCAAACUUCAUUUCUCACACACCAGGACGGAGGUCUUUACAUGCUGGUGAAUUGGGAUAUUGCACAUUAGAGCGCAGGUUGAUGUUGCGUCGAAGUGAAACUUGAUAUUUUAUGGGUGAUGACUGAACUAUGGUGGUGCGGGAUUACAUUCUCUGCUAUGUAGCUGUGUGUUUGUGUUACCUGAUGUUCUCAAGUACCAAUCUGAUGCUGUUUCCUGAGGAAUUCUGGGUAAGAAUUGCUUUCUACAAACGGCGUGUGCAACUAGACGACGGUGCAGGUUUUACUUCCUGCUGGACCAACUUAACGCACUUCGAAACCACAUCAAUGAUUAGGUCCUCCUAAUGAGGAGGUUUAGUUGACUGCACUUGCAUCGACUUUUCUUGCCUUUGAGACUGUUUAUUGAUUAGCAUAUUAUUAUUAUUAGCUAUUAUGUCUUACACAAUUCAAACUGUACUGUAUAAUGUAGCUUACAUGUACCCAAUUAGAGGAAAAUAAUGGUUUAUUUGCACUCAGACCACAGCCUUAAAGGGUCAAUUUAAUUAUUUUGGUUUGUUUCUGCUUAAGGCCUUUGUGUUCAUCAGUAAAAAAUAAGACUCAGUCUUUAAACCAGUUUAAUUCUACAACACCACACAGACUGGUGCCACAUGAAUUCAGCAGUGAUGUCUGAAUCUGACUUUGCUGUGAGUUUUCUGUAUAUAUGUGUACAUACUAACACAAGUUGUUAAUAAAACCAACUCAUUA